AUGGAUUUGCAAACGCUAAAUGAUACAUCUGGGAUUUGGGCAUGCCUUCAGCUUCAGAACAGCUCUGUUCUGAACGGGACCUUAAACGGGAGUCUGGAGAUUCCCAACGGCACCUGCGGAGACGCGUUUCUGCUGCCCAAGACGGAACCGGCGCGACCCAAAGAAAUGGAUUCGCUGCGCAUACUGCUAUACUCUCUCAUAUUCCUACUGAGUGUGUUUGGUAACCUGCUCAUCAUUGUGGUUUUGGUGGUGAAUAAGCGAAUGCGGACGGUGACCAACUCAUUCCUGCUCUCCCUGGCCAUUAGUGAUCUCAUGAUGGCUGUUUUCUGUAUGCCCUUCACUCUUAUUCCCAACCUGCUGGAGGAUUUCAUCUUUGGAGCUGCCAUGUGCAAGAUUGUGGCCUAUCUUAUGGGCAUCUCCGUCUGUAUAUCUACCUUCAGUCUGGUGGCUAUAGCCAUUGAGAGGUACAGUGCCAUUUGCAACCCGCUGAAGUCCCGGGCAUGGCAGACACGAUCCCAUGCCUACAAAGUCAUUGCUUCUACCUGGGUCCUGUCCUUCCUCAUUAUGACACCCUAUCCCAUCUUCAGCACGCUGGUGAAGUUCACCAAGCUCAACAACAUUACAGCUCACAUGUGCCGCCAUGACUGGCAAAAGAGUGAGGUGGAGCAAGCCUGGUGCAUCCUGUUGCUAUUUGUUCUGUUCUUCAUUCCUGGAGUGGUGAUGAUCAUUGCUUAUGGGCUCAUUUCUCGAGAACUCUACCGUGGAAUACAGUUUGAAUUGGAGCAGAAGAAGGGACAGAGUGGAAUGAAAAAUGGUAUCAGCACCACUGUCUUAUAUAGCAGCGAUGACGGAGACGGCUGCUACAUCCAGGUGUCCAAGAGGCCCAACUCAAUGGAGAUGUCAGUCCUCACCCCAACGGGCUCCGCAAAGGUGGACCGACCCCGCAGCAACACGUCUGAGGCUAAACUGAUGGCCAAGAAGCGGGUGAUCCGUAUGCUUAUUGUCAUUGUGGCCAUGUUCUUCAUCUGCUGGAUGCCUCUGUACUCCGUCAACACCUGGAAAGCGUUCGACCUUCCCUCGGCCCACAGGGCUCUUUCUGGAGCCCCCAUCUCAUUCAUCCACCUGCUGUCCUACACGUCUGCCUGCAUCAACCCAAUCAUCUACUGCUUUAUGAACAAGCGCUUUCGAAAGGCGCUUCUUGCCACCUUCUCCUGCUGCUGCUGGCCCUGCCGCAGAAGAGGCUUCAGGGAAGGUGACGAUGAGGUUACUGCCACCGGAGCAUCCAUCUCUAAGUUCAACUACACCACUGUCAGCACAAUGGGACCAUGCUGA